ACGGAGCUUAUGUCGCAUUCCGGUGCUUUGUUGGCACCUGCCACGGCGUCUUGAACAAUACUGUCAUUGUUCUUUGUAUGGAGUUUGUGUCGCCAAAAAAACGAAUAAUAACCCUGUGCACGUCAGCUUUUUCAUGGGGCACAGGUAUUCUCUUGGCAACCCCGGCAGCUUAUCUUAUACGGGACUGGAGAUAUUUACAGUUAGCUGUUGCCUUGCCAUCAGUUAUUUACCUACUAUUCUGGCGGAUAAUCCCAGAAUCCCCUCGCUGGCUCAUCUCAAGGGGUAAAUACGUGGAAGCCGAAAGCGUGGUGCGAUGGGUGGCUGAGGUAAAUAAAGCAGCUCUGCCUGAGGGACAAUUGUUUGACGAACAUUCUUUACGAAGCACACCGACUUUAAGUCCUCUAAAACUCCGUAAAGCACCGAAGCUUAUCGUGAGGACGGUGAUUAUAUCAUUUGCAUGGCUAACCGUUGGUGUGUCAUGGUAUGGCCUAACGCUGAAUCAAGGUUCCUUAGACGGUGACAUCUUCAUCAAUGCUCUCGUUUUGGCUCUAAUCGAUUUUAUCGCCGCCUUCUCGUUGCUGAUCAUCAAUAUAAUUGGAAGAAAAAAAACCUUCUGUGCUGCCAUGAUGAUAUCUGCAUUGGCUAUGUUGUCGACUAUACUGAUGCAUUUCUUUGCAAACAAGGACAGUUCCACAACCAGUACCACCUUUACAACUUUGUACACAAUUGGAAAACUAGGCGUCAGUUGUAGCUUCAACCUUCUUUUCAUGUGGAAUGGAGAGUUCUAUCCAACAGCCUUGCGAAACUUUGGGCUUGGUAUGGGAUGUGCAUUUGGUCGUCUUGGGGCAGUGAUUUCACCGAUUGUGAUGGACCAGCUAAGAGAACACCCUUACCUCGGUAACACUAUUCCAAUGAUGCUGUUUGGCUGUAUGACAUUGGUUUCCUCAUUGAGCGGUCUGUAUCUUCCCGAAACAGCCCAUAAACACCUGCCGGAGACUUUGGAGGAUGCCGAGAACUUUGGAGUUAAACGGUGCGCCAUUCCAGACCUGGCAAAUGACACCUUUGGAAUCCAGGGUACCUGGCACCAACAUCUUAUCAACCAAACCAUUCCUGUUGACGAGAAUGGGGAGUAUGAGGGAUGUCUGUGGCGUAGUGGAAAUGAUUCCGGGAAUGGUAGUGUGUUGCCGUGCAAGGACUGGGUUUAUGAUACAUCUUUUGGCCUAUUUUGUGACAGUUCCUUGCUAAUAAAUAUGGUAAACGUGGUCUAUCUAGCAGGAGUGGCCGUGGGGGCCAUUGUCGGUGGUUUAGCAGCAGACUUUAUUGGCCGCAAGUGGGUAUCUUUCAUUGCCUGUUUGAUACAUGGCGUGGGAGGAUUGGGAGCCGCUUUCUCACCUAACUACGGGGCUUAUGUUGCAUUCCGUGUCUUCGUGGGCAGCUGUCACGGCAUUCUUAACAACUCGGUCGUGGUUCUGAGCAUGGAAUUUGUAUCACCAAGAAGACGCUUGGUAUCCGUGUGCACAUUAGCUAUGUCCUGGGGAAUAGGCAUGGUGCUUACAACUCCUGUGGCUUACCUUAUACGAGACUGGAAAUAUCUACAGUUGGCUGUGGCCUUGCCACCAUUCUUAUACCUAGGCUUCUGGUGGUAG